UCCCUUCUUUUCCCUCCUCCUCCCCGGCCCUGCUCGCUUCCUUCCCCCGCGCCGCGCCGGGAGAAGGCAGGAAGGGAGGCGGCGGGGAUGGAGCAGCUCCCCGGGGGGAUGCAGUAGCUCCCUGGGGCACCCCCCGCCCCACCUGGUCCCCGCCGGGACGCGGUCCCACAGCAUCUCUGCAAUGGAAGGGAACGAGGGGGACCCACCCAGGGCCCACAGACGGCAGGGCAGCAAUGGGCGCAGGUCAUCACGGGAGAUCAACUCAGAGGACCAGGUGGCCCAGCAGACUGAGGAGGUGUUCCGGAGCUACAGCUUCUACCGCUACCAGCAGGAGAGAGAGGAGGGAGGGGUGGAGGUGCCCAUGGACCCGGAGAUCAUGGAGAUCCAGCAGGAGCUGGGCAGCACCAGCAGCCAGGUGGGCAGGCGCCUGGCCAUCAUCGGGGACGACAUCAACAAGCGGUACGACGCGGAGUUCCGCUGUAUGCUGAAGUCCUUGCAGCCCACCAAGGAGAACGCCUACCAGUACUUCACCACCAUCGCCUCCAGCUUGUUUGAUAGCGGCAUUAACUGGGGCCGGGUGAUCGCACUGCUGGACUUCGGUUACUGCAUGGCCAUCUACGUCUACCAGCACGGCAUCACGGGCUUCCUGCGCCGCAUCGCCCGCUACGUCACCGAAUUCAUGCUGUGCAACCGCAUCGCGCGGUGGAUCGCCCAGCAGGGAGGAUGGGUGGCUGCACUCGAUCUGGACAAUGUUUACAUGAAGUACAUGCUGGCGGUGGUGGCCCUGGUGAUGGUGGGGCAUUUAGUGGUACGACGCUUCUUCAGGCCCUGACCGCCGUGGGGUGGAGGUGGGGGUCCCGCCGAGCUCUCUCUCAAACCUCUGUUCCGUGGUGACACCUCCCAGCCCAGGGGCAUUCAAGGGACCUCUGAGAGAGAGAGCAGCGUGGACCCGUCAGCCUCCCACUGCAGGACAUGGGGCCUGUGCCGCCCAGGAGAUGCCACCGGGAGCUACAGAGGGAGGGGAGGGCUCUGCUCUGCUGUCUGAUGUGCCUCGCUGUGCUGCUGAGGGCAGAGCAGCGCUGUGACCUCAUGGCACACAGCAGUGGGGCAGCAGAAUGGGCUGCUCUGCAGGACCCAACACAUUGCUAUGGGGGUGCACCUACGUGUGCGUGUUGUGUCUGCUCUGUGCUGUUCUUAAGGCACUCCUGGGGUGGGCUCCAUCCCACUCUGUGCCUGCAUUUGAAGAGAGGUUCCAGCCUCAGUUGUGCUGUCUGUAAGUCACUGGAGGGGUGAGCCAGCAUUAGGAAGUGUGGGGUUUGCUUUGUCUUCCCCCUUCUCCUGAGCCCGAGUACUUGAGCCUUCUCUUUCUUCAUAACAAGCAUCCCUUCCCUUUAAGAACCACACUGACAGUCAGCGGGAACACGCCUGGCACCAGCAGGCUGCCCGUGCCCACCCCACACUGCAGCUCCCCAGGGCUGGCACAGGUUGCCCACUCCCCAGCCCCGCUGUGAGCCCCAGAGCUGUGUGCCAGCAGGGCUGGGGAGCACCAGUGGUUUUCCAAACACUAAGAAGCUGCAGUGGGUGCAGGCAGCCUGCCCUCCUCCCAUCCUGCUGGCUGCUUCUGCCCAGCACACUUGCAUGCUGCCCCAGUGGGUGUCCCGCACUGCCAGUAGGAGGCACUGGGGUUGCAGCAUCACAUCCUGUAGGAGCUGGGCUGGAGGUGCAGAGAGCCCAGGGGAUGUUUGAGCUGGGCAUGGCACGCAGCCCUGUGCAUGCAUGGCUGCUUUGGCGAGUGGCCUGACCUUGUUCCAUUCAUGGCCGGUGCUUGAAGAUGAGCUUUAGGAGGGGGAGGGCAGCCGGCAUCGCUCCCCCAUCUCAGAUCUUCCUGACUUCUGCAGAACAGGGUGAGCAUCCCAGCACAGACUGCCUGCCUUAGCUCUGUUCCUUUUACACCAGGCGACUCUUUAAGGUUUGAAACUGUGAUGGCUUCUCUGAGCCAAACCCACCCCGUUCCAGCAUCACAGGCUCCCAGGGCAGCUCAGCAGUUGGGGCAGCCAGGAGCCUUCAGGGCAGGGGAUGAGCAAUGGGGCUGCGCUGGGGCUCCUCCUGCUGCUGGGGGAUCCCUGUGGGGCAGCCCCCUUACAGACAGCAGCAGCACAGCCCUGAGCAUCCUCUGUGGGAGCCAAGGGGUGAAUGCUGGGCCCUGGGCUGCCCUCCUGCUCCCCCAGCAGAGGCAUUUCCUAAUGGAUGCCUGUCUGUCCUGUUCAUAAAACCUUCCACUAUCAGCUCCCCGCAUCUAUUCGUACCCUUGUCUCCAGAUUCAUCCUCAGUGUCUUGGGACUGCUCUGCCCCAGCACAGAGGACACCCGGCAGCCUUGCAGGACCGGCCAUAAUUUUAUACCACUGAUGUUCCUCAGGUUCCUGUGUUUUAAUGAAACUUUUCAGCCUCUUUCUGUAUCAGGGUCUUCCCGUGCUCAUCGCUCUGUCCCCAUGCAUGCAGUAUCCCUGCCCCUGAGCUGCACUCCCUGGAAGGACAUUAAAAUAUCUGCUAUAUUCCUCUUUAUCUCCCUGCCUUGGUUGCUUUCCCUGUAACACUGAGGUGCUGAGUGUCUGUGUCGUGCUGUGCCCAGGCUUUGCAGACGUGCAGAUGCUCUGUAGUCCAUUUGUCCCCUUUGCAAGUGCACUUCUUUGCAUUUAACCACGCAGCUUCAUCUGCCACCGUCUCACUGCUCCACUGCAUCGAGCAGAGCUUGAGGUUCCCUGCCUGGUGGGAGCACAGGCAGCCUGCAGGUCCCCAUCCCCACCUUCAUUUCUGGGUCAGAACACCACCAGAUGGAGCUUCUCUGCCGCGCUGAGCAACUCAUUGCUCUUUUCCUCUUCUCUUACCGGACCCCGUUAUCUGCGUGCCCUGCUGCUCUCAGCUGGAUUUGUUGCAGAGAUGAAAGCAGUACAUUGGCUGCUCCUUACCUUGUUCACUACUUUCCAACACACUCUGGCAGCUGUAAGGGAGCACUGUGCUCAUACAAACAGCCCUACGUUGUUCUCAUCUUCCUGAGGUGCUUCGCCUUCUGAACCCAAUUCAGAUGUAAGGCCAGGGGACGUUAAAUAAAGGAGACUCCUCAGCUCUGUGGUAGAUGACCGAGCCUUGACGCAGUCUGUGAUACCAGAACUGAGAAGGGAGUUUUUAACCUCGGUGCUGAACAAAGGGAAAUUUCCAUUUGUAGCCAUUUAUUUCAUUUCUCAGGGCAUUUCAAGGGGGAGCUGCCUCGGGAUGUCAGCACGGUGCGUCCCUCUGCUCUCCAGCUCCUUUCCCUGCAGAAAGCCCUGCUCCAUCCCAGCACAGCAGGGCACAGGAUGGAGCCACGAAGCACACCUUGCACUGCAGGCAGGGGCUGCAGGGAGGUGGGGAAGGGGCUGCCUGCAGACACAGGGGCUGCGUGGGACACGGCGGGUUUGCUUUUACCACAAGAUCCUUUCCUUUCACAAAUAUUCUGUUUUAAAGUGAUGUAAUAUAUAUAUAUAUUUGAAAAUAAAAUGGUACACACA